CAAAAUAACUGUAAAUAUAAAUUUGUAGAUUUAAAACCUGACUCAUUGCAUUUGAUUUUCACAGACUCAGAAGAAGAGGAGGGGGAGGGGGAAGAAGGAGAGAGCAAGGGUGUGAUAAUAGACAAGACGGAGACCAACCUAGUGGCACUGAGGAAGACCAUAUACCUGACGAUCCAGAGCAGCUUGGAUUUCGAGGAGUGUGCCCACAAACUGUUACGGAUGGAGCUGAAGCCCGGACAGGAGAUUGAGAUGGCCCACAUGUUCCUGGACUGUUGUGCAGAGCAACGCACCUAUGAGAAGUUCUUUGGACUUCUGUCUCAGAGAUUCUGCCAGAUCAACCGCACUUAUGUUGGGCCGUUUGAGAAGACGUUCAGGGACAGCUAUGCCACGAUACACCGUAUGUCCAACGACAAGCUGCGCAAUGUCGCCAAACUGUUCGCACACCUUCUGUACACGGAUGCGAUCUCGUGGGAAGUACUGUCAACGGUCCGACUCAACGAAGAUGACACCACCAGCUCCAGUCGCAUCUUCAUUAAGAUACUGUUCCAGGAGCUCUCUGAGUACAUGGGGCUCAUCAAGCUCAACCAGAGAGUCAAGGAUCCAAGUCUGCAGACUGCUCUGGAAGGUUUGUUUCCACGGGACAAUCCCAAACAUACGAGGUUUGCCAUCAACUUCUUCACAUCAAUUGGACUUGGAGGUCUUACGGAUGAACUGCGGGAGCACUUGAAGGCACAACCCAAACAGAGUAUCGUGGUACCGCAACUGGUUGAGGGUCUUUCUAGCUCCUCCUCUUCCUCGUCCGAUUCGUCUUCAUCUUCAUCGUCAGACUCCUCUUCUGACAGCUCGAGUUCAGAGUCAUCAAGUUCUGAUUCUGAAGGCACGUCCAGCAGAAGAAAACGAAAAGGAAAACCAGUCAACAAAAACAAAAAACAGCCCACAAAAAAAGUGGAGAAGGCAACGUCUAAAAAGAGUAAAAUCACUCCGUCAAAGAGAAAAAGGGAUAGAUGAUAAUCUUAGCAUGUGGUUAUUACCUGAAGAUUUUGUACUUAUUUGUAAAUAUUUAGUACCAUAAAAUCACACCAUUUCUUUUAUAAAUAUUUCACCAUUUAAUAAUUACAGAGAGGAGCUAUUAUCUGUAUAUCCGUUUAUUAAUUUGUAUAUUAGUGUUUAAUAUUGUGAAUGAUGUAUGUUAUUUUAUAAAAAUAAAUAAAAGUAAAACAUUUACAAGCGGAAA